GCAUCGCUCUGUUUGCCUGGAUCCUUGGCGUGCUGGGUGCCGGGGCGAUCAUCCUUGGCUUUGCCCUGGAUUUGGGCCGGGAGGUCAUCUACGUCGGACUCUUUGGAUAUAUUAUCUACCUUGUGGAGCUCUGCCAGAGCAAGGCUUGCAGAUAUCUGGCGAAUGUGCAGAGCGAGGAGGAUUUCGUCAGCUACAUCGACACUCUCCAGAAAGCCGCCCCGAUCCUUACCUUCAGCAUUCAGAACUAUCACUACGAGAACGUCUCAACCUAUAACGCGUCCCAGAAGAAGUGGACGACCAAAUCGGAGAGAAAGAACACGCACACUGCGACGGCCCGCUUUCCGAUUGCCAGCAUGACUGAUGAGACUUUAUCUCCUGCUCAGACAGUGGCGAUGUUCCACUUGUUGCACCAUAGCGCAAGCAGUGAAGACACUGGCAUGCUGCACGAGACUGUGAUUCGUGUGGAAGGCACUGGUGAGAAGCGCCUACUUCUGACUUGCGAGUUCCCUCUCACCUUCCUGCCGCGUGACACAGAGACCGCCACGGCUCUUGCAAGAUUCAAGGAAGAUUUCUACCGCUCCAACACCACGGACAAGUAUCAAGACAAGUCUGAGAAACAGACACUGACCUGCGCUCAUGCAAACCAUGCGAUGGUCGUGCUGAGCUCGGAAGGGCAGGGCGUCACGGAAAGACCUUGGUGGAUGCGCACUCCAUGGCUCGUCGUCUUUACCCUUCUGCUGAUGGGCCUGCCGUUUCGCUGUUUCCUGUAUCGACGUGCGCAGAAGGUGGUAUGGCAUGUGCGGAAGCACUUCUCCAUCUUUGCUGCCCCCACUGCCGCGGCACCGAUGCACUCGUUGAAGCGCUCCUGUGACCCAGCUGUCGCCCGAGUCGGACGCCUGGAUCCAAAUGUCCGCAUCGAGUUCGCUAGAGAAGGCCAGUCUGGCGUUGAAAGGGCUUCACAGCGCUUUUUUUUUCUAAGGGGUUUGGCGUUUGUUCGGUUUUAUAGGUUUUCAUGA